AUGUGGAGAGCACUGCUACUUAAACUCUUUUUGGUCUUUUUAUGCUGUGUUAGAUGGUGCCAUUCUCAGGGAUGUGAAUUGGGGCAGUUCCGCUGCGGGACAGGUCGAUGCAUUCCGAUUAACUGGCACUGUGAUGGGACAUCAGACUGUGUUGAUGACUCUGAUGAACACGACUGCCCUCAGGUAACAUGUGAUGACAGUCACUUCCAGUGUCUGAGCGAUGGUGAUUGUAUCCCAGAUGUAUGGGUGUGUGAUGAUGAGGAAGACUGUGAAGAUGGCUCAGAUGAGAGGCUACAAUGUCCUGGCAGGACAUGCACCAGUGGUCAGUUCAGCUGCAGUAACGGUGCAUGCAUCCCAGGAGAAUACCGUUGCGACCACCUGGCAGACUGCUCAGAUGGAUCUGAUGAGAGAAACUGCCAUUAUCCAGAGUGUACACAACUGAGGUGUGCUAAUGGGGCCUGCUACAACCGGACACAGCGAUGUGACCACAUUCUUGACUGCCGUGAUGGAUCUGAUGAGGCUAAUUGCACACAGCACUGCAAUACGGGUCUGUUUCAGUGUCACAAUGGACUGUGUGUUCCUCACCGCUAUGUCUGUGACCAUGAUGAUGAUUGUGGGGACCGAAGCGAUGAGCUUAACUGCACAUACCCCACAUGUAGAGGGAAUUACUUUACUUGUCCCAGUGGCCGCUGUAUCCACCCAGUCUGGCUUUGUGAUGGAGAGGAUGAUUGUGAGGAUAACGCAGAUGAAAAAGGCUGUGACAAUGUUCCACGAGAGUGUUAUCCAGGGGAAUGGCCCUGUCCAUCCUCUGGUCUCUGUAUCCCAAUGGACAAGCUGUGUGAUGGGAAGGCUGACUGUCCAGAUGGAGAGGAUGAAACUAACACUACUGCUGGGCGCAACUGCAGUAUCUGGAGAUGUGCAUCUUUGAGCUGUGAACAUCACUGUCACGCUUCCCCUGAGGGAGGAACUUGUUCUUGUCCUUCUGGAUAUAUUGUCAGCAGCAAUGAUAGUCGUUCAUGCAUAGAUUUUGAUGACUGCUCCAUGUGGGGUGUGUGUGAUCAGCUGUGUGAGGACCGGAUAGGCUCCCAUCACUGUAGCUGUCUAGAGGGCUAUGUUCUUGAGCAGCACAGAUAUUGCAGAGCUGAUGCCUCAACUGGAGUUCCUUCUUUAAUAUUUUCUAAUGGCAGAGACCUGGUGAUAGGUGACAUCCAUGGAAACAAUCUGCGAACUUUGGUUAAUUCACAGAACAGAGGGAUUGCAGUGGGAGUGGACUUCCACUAUAAUCUCCGCAAGAUCUUCUGGACAGAUACUAUUCAAAAUAAGGUUUUUUCGGUGCAUAUGGAUGGCUCCAACAUGCAGGUGGUUUUGAAUGUAUCAGUUGACUACCCUGAGAAUUUGGCAGUGGACUGGGUGAACAAUAAACUGUAUGUAGUGGAGGCCAGCGUCAACAGGAUUGACAUGGUGGACUUUGAUGGAAGUAACCGGGUCACACUCAUCACCGAAAACCUCGGAAACCCUAGAGGGCUGGCAGUGGACCCCACUGUUGGGUAUAUGUUUUUCUCAGAUUGGGAGGCAGCAAAUGGACAACCAGGCCUUGAGCGGGCCUUCAUGGAUGGCACCAACCGCUAUGGGAUUAUUGGGAGUAAACUAGGCUGGCCAGCUGGUAUCACACUGGACAUACAGGCUAAGCGCAUCUACUGGGUGGACAGUCGCUAUGACUACAUUGAAACUGCAACUUAUGAUGGUCUGCACAGAAAAACUGUUGUCCAUGGAGGUGCUGUGGUCCCACACCCAUUUGGUAUCAGUCUGUUUGAGCACAAUGUCUAUUUCACGGACUGGACUAAGAUGGCUGUCAUGAAAGCCAACAAGUUCACUGACAGCAGUCCUGAAGUGGUUUACAGAACAUCUCAGACUCCACAUGGAGUAGCAGUGAUGCAUCAGCUGAAACAGCCUGAAGUAUCAAACCCUUGCAGUGUAAACAAAGGUGGAUGUGAACAGAUCUGUGUUCUGAGUCACAGGAGUGACAAUGAAGGACUUGGUUACCGUUGCAAAUGUUGCAUGGGCUAUGACCUACACGCCGAUGGCAAACGUUGUGUGGCUGUGAGGCAGUUUCUGCUGUUCUCCAGCCAGCUGGCUGUGAGAGGGAUCCCCUUUAACCUCUCCUCUCAGGAGGACAUCAUCUUGCCUGUCACUGGAUCACCCUCCUACUUCGUUGGAGUGGAUUUCAGUGCUGAAGAUGAUACUAUCUUCUUCUCUGACACAGCCAAAGAUAUUAUCUAUAAACAGAAAGUGGAUGGGACAGGCAGGGAGGUACUGGCAGCCAACAGAGUGGAUGGAGUGGAGGAUCUGGCUUACGACUGGAUUUCUAAAAACCUCUACUGGACUGACCCUCGAUACAGGAGUAUAUCUGUCAUGAGGAUUGCUGAUAAGUCCAGGAGAGCCAUUAUACAAAACCUCAACAACCCAAGGGCCAUAGUGGUGCAUCCUCUAAUUGGGUAUAUUUUUUGGACUGAUUGGUACAGGCCAGCAAAGAUCAUGAGAGCCUGGGGUGAUGGGUCACAUGCCCGAUCUAUUGUAAACACUACUCUUGGCUGGCCAAAUGGCCUAGCCAUCGACUGGAGCUCAAUGCGUCUGUAUUGGGUGGACGCGUUCUUUGACAAAAUUGAGCACUGCAAUUUUGAUGGACAGAGAAGGCUUUCUUUGGAUCGCAUAACCCAGAUCUCACAUCCAUUUGGCCUCACCAUUUUUGAAGGCUAUGCAUAUUUCACUGACUGGCGUCUGGGUGGCAUCGUGCGUGUGCGCAAGACUGAUGGUGGGGAGAUGGUUAUUAUCAGAAGAGGAAUUAGCCACAUCAUGCAUGUCAAGUCAUUCAACUCCAAUGCUCAGACUGGUUCCAACUUCUGCAACAGGCAGGCAAAUCCUAAUGGAGACUGCAGCCACUUCUGCUUCCCAGCACCAGACUCACAGAGGGUGUGUGGCUGCCCAUAUGGCAUGAAGCUGUCGUCCAACCAGCAGACAUGUGUUGAGGACCCUUCCAAUGAACCCCCCACACUGCAGUGUGGUGCCAACUCUUUCUCCUGUGGCAACGGCAAAUGUGUCCCAAACAGCUACAGAUGCGAUGGUGUUGACGACUGCCAUGACAACACUGACGAAGUCAAUUGUGGAGUUAACAACAACACUUGUUCCCCUUCUGCCUUCACCUGUGCCAAUCAGCGCUGUGUGCCUGCAGGAUGGCGCUGUGAUGGGCACAAUGACUGUUUUGAUAAUAGUGAUGAGAUCAAUUGCCCUACACGUGUGCCUGGAACAUGCCCUGCCAAUCAGUUUACCUGUGCCAACAACCGUUGUAUCCCACAUACCUGGCGAUGCGAUACAGAUAAUGACUGUGGGGACAGUUCAGAUGAAGCUGACUGCCAUCUGGGAGGUACAUGCCAUCCAGGACAAUUUCAGUGUCCCGACCACCGUUGUAUAGACCCUAACUAUGUUUGCGACGGAGACAGGGACUGUGUUGAUGGAGCAGAUGAGCAGGGAUGCAUCUACAACUGCACUGCGAGUGAGUUCAAGUGUGCACGUGGUCACCAGUGUAUAAAUUCCUUCUACCGAUGUGAUGGCGUCUUCGAUUGCAGCGAUCGAUCAGAUGAACAAAACUGUCCUACCAGACCCCCAGGGAUGUGUCACCACGAGAGUGAGUUUCAGUGCCAGUCAGAUGGAAGCUGUGUCCCGUCUACAUGGGAAUGUGAUGGUCAUCCAGACUGUGAAGAUGGCAGUGAUGAACACCACGCCUGCCCGCCUCGCACUUGCCCUUCUUCACUAUUUCGCUGUGAUAAUGGAAAUUGUGUGUUACGUAGUUGGCUUUGUGAUGGAGACAACGACUGCAGGGACAUGAGUGAUGAAAGAGACUGUCCCACUCCACCUUUCCGAUGUCCAAGUUGGCAGUGGCAGUGUCCUGGCCACAGUGUUUGUAUCAACCUCACCACAGUGUGUGACAACAGUCCCGACUGCCCCAAUGGUGCAGAUGAGUCACCACUUUGCAAUCAGGAGAGCUGCUCUGACAACAAUGCUGGCUGCACACAUGGUUGUAUCCAAGGCCCAUUUGGGGCCCAGUGCACAUGCCCUGUAGGUUAUCAGCUCAGCAAUGACUCUAAAACCUGUGAGGAUAUAGAUGAGUGUAAUCCCCCUGGACUAUGUAGCCAACACUGCUUUAAUGAAAGAGGCUCUUUCCGCUGUCACUGCCAGGAUGGUUACACUCUUGAAGCAGACCAGCGCACCUGCAAGGCCUCAGAUUCCCGACAGGCGUUCCUUCUUGUGGCCAGUCGGAAUCAGAUUGUGCAAGAUGACAUUACUGCUCAACCUAAUGUAAUCCGGUCGCUGAUCAGAGAUGGACGCAACAUUGUGGCCCUAGAUUUUGACUCUGUUGCUGACCGGGUGUAUUGGUCUGAUACGAGCCAGGACAGAAUCUGGAGCUGUCACAAGAAUGGAAGCGAUAGAACUGUGAUAUUUGACAGUGGAGUGACUGUAACAGAGAGCCUUGCUGUGGACUGGGUGGGCAGAAACUUAUACUGGACUGACUAUGUCCUGGAGACAAUUGAAGUGUCUAAACUGGAUGGCACCCACCGGACUGUAUUAGUCAGUGAAAAUGUCACCAACCCUCGAGGGCUUGUGCUGGACCCAAGAGACAAUCAUCACUGGAUGUUUUGGACCGACUGGGGGAGGAACCCACGCAUUGAGAGGGCCAGCAUGGAUGGAAAAUUGAGGACUGUUAUCAUAAGCAGCAAACUGUAUUGGCCCAAUGGACUAACCAUUGACUACCCAAAUAAUUUGCUUUACUUUGCUGAUGCUUACUUGGAUUUCAUUGACUACUGCGAUUAUAAUGGCAACAACAGAAAGCAAGUUUUGGCCAGUGAUCUGGUACUGCAACACCCCCACGCAAUUACCAUUUUUGAGGAUUUUGUCUAUUGGACCGACAGAUACAUCAACCGAGUGAUGCGAGCUCAUAAGUGGCAUGGGGAGAACCAGACAGUGAUGCUGUUCAACCUCCCUCAGCCCAUGGGUCUGGUGGCAGUACACCCAGCCAGGCAGCCAGCAGGGGAAAAUCAUUGCUUGAGGAGCCCCUGUACUCAUAUCUGCCUACUCUCUGUUGUGGGACCAAGAUACUACUCGUGUGCCUGCCCCUCGGGCUGGGCACUGGCAGCAGAUCAGUUCACCUGCACCAGAGUUGAGGAUCCCUUCUUGGUGGUUGUGAGAGACAGCAUCAUAUAUGGCAUUCCUUUGAACCCAGAUGACAAAAGCAAUGAUGCCAUGGUUCCUGUUGCUGGUCUUCAAAAUGGCUAUGAUGUUGAUUUUGAUGACACAGAACAGGCCAUCUACUGGGUGGAGCACCCAGGUGAAAUCCACAAGGUAAAGUCAGAUGGUACUAACAGGACAGAGUUUGCCCCUGCAGCCAUUCUUGGCACCCCUGUUGGUCUGGCUUUAGACUGGAUAACAGAGAACCUAUACUACACCAAUCCAGCGACACAAUCUAUUGAGGUUUUAAAAUUGAGAGGGGAGGUGCAGUACCGGAAAACUCUGAUCACAAAUAACGGCUCUCCAACUGGUGCUGGCAGUCCUGUUGGCAUUGCAGUAGAUCCAGCACGUGGUAAACUCUACUGGACUGAUCAGGGAACAGAGAGUGGCAUUCCUGCCAAAGUGGCAUCUGCAGACAUGGAUGGCCUGAACCCUGUUAUCUUGUUCACCAACAACCUUGAUCAUAUUGAGUUCCUCACUUUAGACAUCCAAGAAAACAAAUUGUACUGGGCUGUUACCAGCACUGGCAAGAUUGAGCGCGGUGAUGCAGAUGGAAGUAACCGCAUCACUAUAAUGACAGGCCUGUCUCACCCUUGGGGUGUGGCUGUCUAUCAGAACUACCUCUACUUCACCGACCGUGACUUUGAGGUCAUCGAGCGUGUGGACAAGUCUACUGGUGCCAACAAGGUGGUGUUGAGAGACAACGUUUCCGGUCUUAGAGUCCUAAAAGUUCAUUUUCGAGACACAUCUGCAGGUACAUCUAAUGGCUGCUCCAACAAUAUGGGAGUUUGUGAGCAGCUCUGUCUUCCUCGACCACAGGGUCUUUUUACCUGUGCAUGUGCGACAGGUUUUAAACUUGAUGCUGGCAACAGGACCUGCUCUCCUUAUCAGUCUUAUGUCGUCAUAUCCACUUUAUCUGCUAUAAAAGGCUUUAGUCUGGAAGGGUCAGAUCACUCUGAGGCCAUGGUCCCUGUGGCUGGGAGAGGCCGUAAUGCUCUGCACAUUGAUGUGCACAUGGCUUCUGGUUUUAUCUACUGGUGUGACUUCAGCAGCACCAUAGCAUCACAGAACGGGGUCAGAAGGAUAAAGCCAGAUGGUUCAGGAUUACGAAGUGUAGUAACAUCUGGAAUUGGACGCAACGGGAUACGAGGCAUUGCUGUUGACUGGGCUUCAGGUAAUUUGUAUUUCACCAACGCCUUCCUGACUGAGACAUAUCUUGAGGUACUCCGUCUGAACACAACAUUUCGCAGGGUGCUGUUGAAGACCCAGGUGGAUAUGCCACGCCACCUCAUUGUAGACCCCAGAAACAGAUACUUGUUUUGGGCCGAUUAUGGUCAGAACCCCAAAAUUGAACGAGCACUCUUGGAUGGAACCAACCGCACUAUUUUGGUGUCUUCUGGGAUUAUUACUCCACGAGGCCUUGCUCUUGACUGGCACACUGGCUAUGUCUACUGGGUAGAUGACUCUCUGGACAUGAUUGCUCGUGUCAACCCCCAAGGAGGGGAGACAGAGAUAGUAAGGUAUGGCAGCCGUUACCCAACUCCUUAUGGAAUCACAGUGUUUGAAAAUAGCAUAAUUUGGGUGGACAGAAAUCUCAAGAAGGUUUUCCAAGCAAGCAAAGAACCAGGCAUCACAGAGCAACCUGCUGUUAUCAGAGACAACAUCAACAUGCUGAGGGAUGUUACCAUCUUUGACCAGCGUACCCAGCCCACCAGUAUGCAAGAGCUUAACAACAACCCCUGUAUGGAAGCCAAUGGAGGCUGUGCUCACUUCUGCUUUGCCCUCCCAGGCUCUGACACGGGCCACCAGAAUAAAAAGUGCAGUUGUGCAUUUGGAAACCUUGCAGCUGAUAAAGAGAGCUGUGUGGUGUCUACAGAUGAUUACCUCAUUUACACUACUGAGAGUACAGUGCGCAGCUUAAGACUUGAUCCGGAGGACCAUGCAGUCCCCUUCCCUGUUGUCAAUGUGCCUCGAACCUCAGUGGCUCUGGAUUUUGACCUCACAGACAGAAGGAUCUAUUUCACACAGAGCUCAGGUGCAGGAGCUAGCAAGAUCAGCUAUAUCAACCUGUCUUCUCCCUCUUCAGCGCCUAUUGUUGUAGCUUCAGAUCUCGGAGCUCCUGAUGGCAUUGCAUAUGACUGGAUAAAUAAAAGAAUUUACUACAGUGACUAUGUCAACCAGAGCAUCAGCUCUAUGUCUGUGGAUGGUGCUCAGAGAACGAUUGUUGCCCAUGUGUCACGACCAAGAGCCAUCAUGUUGGAUCCCUGCAGGGGAUACAUGUAUUGGACGGACUGGGGAACCCAUGCAAAGAUUGAGAGAGCAACUUUAGGUGGAAACUUUAGAACAGAGAUUGUGAACAGCAGUCUGGUGUGGCCCAAUGGCCUAACUCUAGACUAUGAAGAGGAACGGCUCUACUGGGCAGAUGCCAGCUUACAGAAGAUUGAGCGAUCCUCUCUCACGGGGUCCAACCGUGAAGUCAUCGUCAGCACAGCCAUCUACCCAUUUGCGAUGACCAUGUUUGACGAGUUUAUCUACUGGACUGACUGGAACACUCGUAGCAUCUAUCGAGCCAACAAGCAUGACGGAUCUGACCUGAGGGUCAUGAUUCAAAACCUUCCAUCCCGACCAAUGGACAUCCAUGUUUUGGCCAGGAGGAAGCAGCAGCAGUGUGACAGUCCCUGCCAGCAGUUUAAUGGAGGUUGCAGCCACAUUUGCACACCAGGGCCUAAUGGAGCUGAGUGUCAGUGUCCAUCAGAGGGCCGCUGGUACCUGGCUGACAACAAGUACUGUAUCCCUGAUAAUGGUACUCGCUGCCAGCCAGGCCAGUUCACCUGUAUGAAUGGUCGCUGUAUUCGAGCCCAGUGGAAAUGUGACAAUGACAAUGACUGCGGAGAUGGCAGUGAUGAGCUGGAGAGAGUGUGUGCCUUCCACACCUGUGAGCCCACAGUGUUUACUUGUGGCAAUGGGCGUUGUGUUCCUUACCACUACCGCUGUGACCAUUAUGAUGACUGCGGAGACAACAGUGAUGAAGUGGGCUGUCAGUUCAGACCCUGUGACCCCAACACAGAGUUCACAUGUAACAAUGGGCGCUGCAUUGCAAAGGACUAUGUUUGCAAUGGCAUCAACAACUGCUACGACAAUGGUACCUCUGAUGAGCAAAACUGCCCGGAGAGAACCUGCCAGCCAGAGCAAACAAAAUGCCAGUCUACCAACAUUUGCAUCCCACGUUCAUACCUCUGUGAUGGAGACAAUGACUGUGGGGAUAUGAGUGAUGAAAGCCCGACUCACUGUGCUGCAUCCACUUGUUCCCAGAGAGAGUUCCGUUGCUCCAGCGGCCGCUGCAUCCCCGGCCACUGGUAUUGUGAUGGAGGAUCGGACUGCUCUGAUGGCUCUGAUGAACCCCUCUCAUGCACCACACUGGUCAGAACAUGCAGCACAGAUCAGUUCCGCUGUGAUGAUGGCAGGUGUAUUGCCUUAUCUUGGAUCUGUGAUGGAGACAAUGACUGUGGUGACAUGAGCGAUGAAGACCAGAGGCAUAAUUGUGCCAAUCGAACAUGUUCGAGUGCAGAGUUCACUUGUGUGAACAACCAGCCACCUCAACGGAAAUGUAUUCCACGUGAUUGGGUGUGUGAUGGAGAUGCAGACUGUUCAGAUGCCUUAGAUGAGCAUCAAAACUGCACACACAGAUCCUGUGGUAUCAAUGAGUUCACCUGCAGUAAUGGUCUCUGCAUCAGCAGCUCCUACAGGUGUGAUCGUCGUAAUGACUGUGGAGACAGCAGUGAUGAGCAAGGCUGCACAUACCAGCCAUGCCAACCCCACCAGUUCACCUGCCAGAACGGCCGCUGUGUGUCCCAUGACUUCGUCUGUGACGGCGAUAAUGAUUGUGGAGAUGAAUCUGAUGAGCUGGAGCACAUGUGUCGCACGCCAGCGCCCACUUGUCCCCCUGGAGAGUUCAGGUGUGAAAAUGGACAUUGUAUCGCUCUGAGUCAGGUGUGCGACAGGAAUGAUGACUGCUCAGACAACAGUGAUGAGAAAGGAUGUGGUACCAAUGAAUGCACAGACCCAUCCGUUCACCAUUGUGAUCAUAAUUGCACUGACACACCCACCAGUUUUGUCUGCACCUGUCAUCCUGGCUACCGCCUCAUGUCUGACAGCAAGACGUGUGAUGAUGUCAACGAGUGUGCAGAGACACCCAGCGUGUGCAGUCAAAUCUGUGAAAACACCGUCGGCUCCUAUGUGUGCAAGUGCGCUCCAGGAUUCCUCCGAGAGCCAGACGGGCACAGCUGCCGUCAGAACAGCAACAUCUCACCCUACCUCAUCUUCAGCAACCGCUACUAUCUUAGGAACCUGUCAACAGAUGGACAGGCCUACUCUCUCAUUCUGCAAGGCCUGACCAGUGUGGUUGCUCUGGACUUUGAUCGUGUCGACAAGCACCUCUAUUGGAUUGAUGUGAGCCGUAGGGUGAUAGAAAGGAUGUCCUUCAACGGCAGUAACAGAGAGGUGGUUGUCAACGGAGUUCUGCAUGGGGAGGGGCUUGCAGUUGAUUGGGUAGCCAGGAAACUCUACUGGGUGGACAGCUUCUUGGAUUGUCUCAAAGUAUCUGAACUGGAUGGCCGUUUUGUCAAGAAACUGGCUGAACAUUGUGUGGAUUCCAAUAACACCUACUGCUUUGAAAACCCCAGAGGAAUUGUUGUGCAUCCCAAAUAUGGAUAUGUAUACUGGACAGACUGGGGAGACAAAGCAUAUAUUGGUCGUGUUGGAAUGGAUGGAACCAACAAAACAGCCAUCAUCACCACAAAAAUCGAGUGGCCCAAUGGUAUCACAGUUGACUACACCAAUGACAAACUCUACUGGUCAGAUGCUCAUCUUAAUUACAUUGAGUACUCCGACUUAGAUGGUCAGCACAGACACACAGUGUAUGAUGGAAAUUUGCCGCACCCAUUUGCACUGACUGUGUUUGAGGACAUUGUGUAUUGGACUGACUGGAACACACGCACUGUGGAGAAAGGCAAUAAAUAUGACGGUUCUGGUCGGGAAGCCCUGGCUAAUACCACACACAGACCAUUUGACAUUCAUGUUUGCCAUCCUUACAGACAGCCUAUCGUAAACAAUCCCUGUGCUGUGAACAAUGGAGGCUGCUCUCACCUGUGCUUGAUCCGUAACGGGGGGCGAGAACACACCUGUGAGUGCCCCGACCAUUUCCUCACAGUUCAGAUAGGAGGGGUGACCCGAUGCCUGCCCAUGUGCACCAGCACCCAGUACAGAUGUGCUAACAAUGAACGAUGUAUACCGAUCUGGUGGAAAUGUGAUGGUCAGCGGGACUGCAGAGAUGGCUCAGAUGAGCCCUCUACCUGCCCGAUACGCCACUGCAGUCUUGGCCAGUUUCAGUGCAGUGAUGGAAAUUGCACCAGUUCUCACUUCCUGUGUAACAGCAACCAGGACUGUCCUGAUGGCUCAGAUGAAGACGCUGUGCUGUGUGCUACACAUCAGUGUGAAAGCCAUCAGUGGCAAUGCACGAAUAAGCAGUGCAUCCCUGAGUCAUGGCAGUGUGAUGGUGAAGAUGAUUGUGGUGAUCAGUCGGAUGAGGACCCCGCCCACUGCUCUACCAGGACGUGUCGCCCUGGACAAUUCAAGUGCCGCAAUGGACGCUGCAUCCCCCAGAGCUGGAAAUGUGAUGUUGAAGAUGACUGUGGUGACAAUUCAGAUGAACCAUUAGAGGAGUGCAUGGGACCAGCUUAUCGAUGUGACAACCAUACAGAGUUUAACUGCAAGACCAACUACCGCUGUGUGCCACUGUGGUCUGUUUGCAACGGCCACAACGACUGCAGAGACGACAGUGAUGAGCAAGGCUGUGAUGAAGUGACCUGUCAUCCUAACGGAGACUUCCGCUGUGACAACCACCGCUGCAUCCCUCUGCGAUGGAGGUGUGAUGGAGAUGAUGACUGUGGUGACAACUCUGACGAGCGCAGCUGCACGCCACGCUCAUGCACAGAGAGUGAGUAUCGUUGUGACAAUCUGCGCUGCAUUCCCAAUCGUUGGGUCUGUGACCAUGACAACGACUGUGAGGACAACUCGGAUGAAAGGGACUGUGAGUUGAGGACUUGUCAUCCUGGCUACUUCCAGUGUAGCAGUGGACACUGUAUCGCAGAACGAUUCAAAUGUGAUGGCAAUGCUGACUGUUUGGACUACACAGAUGAGACUUCAUGUCCAACCCGUUUUCCCAAUGGCACAUACUGCCCCCCCUUCCUGUUUGAAUGCAAGAACCAUGUUUGCAUCCAGCCUCACUGGAAAUGUGAUGGAGAUAAUGACUGUGGUGACAACUCAGAUGAAGAGCUGCAUCUCUGCUUGGACAUCGAUUGUGAGGCUCCCUUCCGUUUCCGUUGUGACAACAAUCGUUGCAUCUACAGCCACGAGCUGUGUAACUCUCUUGAUGACUGCGGUGACGGCUCCGAUGAGAAACAGGAAAACUGUCAAACCCCAACACAUGGGCCCUGCUCAGAUGAUGAAUACAAAUGCAGUAAUGGACAGUGCAUCCCUCUGCAGUACGCCUGUGAUGAUUAUGAUGACUGUGGAGAUGAGUCAGAUGAGCUUGGCUGCCACCAUGGCAGUGGGCACACUUGCAGUACCAACAUGUGUGAACACAACUGUACAGACCUGAUGGAGGGAGGCUUCCUCUGCUCCUGCAGACCCGGUUACAAGCCCAGAGCCACAGAAAGACACACAUGUGAAGAUGUGAAUGAGUGUGAAGUGUAUGGAAUGUGUCCUCAGGACUGUAAAAACACAAAGGGAAGUUACGAGUGCUUCUGUGCUGAAGGCUUUCUAUCUUUUGGUGAGCCACAUGGGACCGAGUGUGCUGCUGAAGGAAACCCACCAGUGCUGCUGUUGCCAGACAAUGUUCGCAUCCGUCGUUUCAACCUGAGUUCUGAGCAGUAUUCAGACUAUGUGGACAAUGCCGAGCACAUCCAAGCCUUGGAUUACCUGUGGGAUCCAAAGGGUGAAGGCCUCAGUAUUGUCUAUUGGACAGUUGGAGGUCAGGGAUCUCAGUUUGGCUCUAUAAAGCGUGCCUAUAUGACCACAUUCAAUGAUUUUGGCAACAACCCAGUAAAAGAAGUGGACCUGAAUCUGCGGUACAUUGCUAAUCCCGAUGGCAUCGCUGUGGACUGGGUUGGCGGGCAUAUUUACUGGACAGAUUCAGGGACCAAUCGAAUUGAAGUGGCCAAACUGGAUGGGCGGUACAGGAAGUGGUUGAUCCACACUGACCUUGACCAGCCUGCUGCGAUUGUUGUGAAUCCCUCCCUUGGGAUGAUGUACUGGACAGACUGGGGAAAGAAACCUAGAAUAGAGUCGGCGUGGAUGGAUGGCCAGCAUCGGGAGGUGCUGGUCAAAGAGGAGGACCUUGGCUGGCCUACUGGUCUGGCUCUGGACUAUGUGAAUGGAAACAGAAUCUACUGGUGUGACUCCAAGGAAAACAUCAUUGAGUCUAUGAAGCCUGAUGGCACAGACAGAAAGAUUGUAAUAUCAGGAGAUAUUGGACAUCCGUAUAGUCUUGACAUCUUUGAGGGACAUGUGUACUGGACAACAAAAGAAAAAGGUGAAGUGUGGAAGACAAACAAGUUUGGACGAGGAAAUAAAGUCAAAGUUUUAACCAUCAACCCUUGGCUUACACAAGUCCGUAUUUACCAGGAGCAUCGACACAACCAGUCAGUGCCCAAACCUUGCAAGAAUGUAUGCAGUCACCUCUGCCUCCUCCGACCUGGUGGGUACACCUGCACCUGUCCCCAGGGCUCUCCUCCAAUGAGUAUCGACUCAAGUGAAUGCGAUGCAGCCAUUGAGGCUCCAGUUCCAAUGCCCCUUGCAUGCAGAUGCAUGAAUGGUGGAACCUGCUACACUGAUGAAGGGGGUCUACCCAAGUGCAAAUGUCCAUAUGGCUAUGUGGGCAGCUUCUGUGAGAUGGGGAAGUCGAGGGGUGCUCCAGCUGGAACAGCUGUGGCUGUUCUACUGGCUGUCAUCAUCAUCCUGAUUACUGGAGCUUUGGCUGUUGGAGUUUUCCUCAAUUACAAACGAACAGGAUCUUUCAUCCCCUCCAUGCCCAAACUUCCCAGUCUCAGCAGCCUCGUGAAGUCACCUGACACUGGGAAUGGGGUGAUGUUUCGGUCCGGUGAUAACGUGGAUCUUGGACCAUCACACAUUGGAGUGUCAUUCAUUGACACGGCCAUGCAGAUGGAUGAUAAUUUUACCGUUGAUGCUGGGAGACAGCCAAUCACAUUUGAGAACCCGCUGUAUGCCACUCCUCCUGUGACCAGUGAUCCAGCUGUCAUUCAUGCUUCACAGGUGACUGUUAAUGUGACUGGUGAGCAAUUGGAGAACAACUUUGUGAACCCGGCAUACCGUGGAGAUCAGAGUGUGGGCAUUGUUAAUACAUCUUCUGUCGGAACCAAGCCUGUUCAGGAGUCAAAGUGGAGCUUAUUUAAACGAAAACUAAAGCCAAGCACCACUUUUGAAAACCCAUCAUAUUCAGAGAUGAAGGAUGAAAAGCCUGUUGAAAGCAGCGCGGACACUUCUGUCCCUGAGCCAUCUCCGUUUGUCCCCCCUGCAAAACCCCAGAAGAGGGAUCGUCCCAGCACCUUCUCACCAACUGAGGACAGUUUUAAAGACACAGCCAACCUUGUUAAAGAGGACAGUGACGUAUAACCCCUUCUCUCACUGAUGGGAAUUAAAGAAAAAAAACACACUUUGCACAGAAUUUAUUUUUUUAUGCAGCCUGUGUACAAAAUUCAAAUUGUUUUAGGACAGAGAAAUACAUCUUUAUAGAAUGAAGAAAAAAAAAAAGUCUUCUUUGACUAUGCCUUCUGACAUUUCUUAUGCCAAUACUUGUGGUAAAUGUUUUUUUCUUUAUUACGAUGUACGAUAUGUAUAUCUUUGCACUGAAGCUGCUGAUAGAAAUGUUAAUAAAUGUGUUGUAUAUUUGUAAAUUUGAAAAGUAAGAUUUUGUCAGAAAUAUCUGAAAUAUAGUAGAUAUGAAGUAGAUGAACAUAAACAUAAUAUCGCACAUAUAAAAGGUGAGCUGCAUUCUGAAUGUACAGUUCUUAUAUGAUCAGAGCUUAUUAGAGAAAUAUGCCACUGAACUAAACUGAAGAUGUAUUUACUUCAUCUUGCUUGUUUAUAUACCUCAUUUCAGGGCUGACAAAUGAAAGCACAACUAAAGAAAUUGGAUUUUACCUGAUGCUGUAAACUUUCAGUGAUAUGUGCUCCGCCAUAAAGAGGGUCACAACUUUAAAUAUGUGUGCAAAGCAUACUUACUGUACUUAAUCACACUCAUCUGACUUUGAAUCAACAUGAUUGUUUUUACUGGAAUGGCCAAAAUAGUUUGGAAUGGUACUUGAACAUGUCUGUGUGUUUCAUGGAAAUGUAGCUGAUAAUCGUAAAUGGCGACUUGUGACUUGAGGAUGCAGAUGUAGACGUUUUCUAAACAAAGUGGAUUAAUUCUUUUAUAGAUCGAUUUAUUUUGUAUGAUAAUGA